AUGGCGAAACGAGGAGCUAAGAAUCUUACAAGAGCUCAAGGAGGACCCAAUCUCAAGUCUGUACUUAGACACGACCACUUGAAAAAUCUCGCUCUCUGGUCUGUCGCCGGAGAUACUCCCCUCCCGCCGGUAGCUACCUUGCUCGGCCGUCUACUUGCUGCCGAGGGAGAAGCUUCGGGGAUUGCUCCUGAUCCUGAUCUCGUCUCUUGUCAAAGGUGUGAGACCAUUCUUCAGCCUGGUUUCAAUUGCAAAGUCAGAAUCGACAAGGUUUCGGCUAAGAAGAAGAAGAAGAAGAAGCCUAACAUUGUUGUGUUGCCUCAGAACAAUGUGGUUUACUAUUGCAGUUUCUGCUCUCACCGUAACCUCAAGAGAGGAACUUCGAGAGGUCAAAUGAAAGAGAUUUGCCCGCCAAAGCCAAAAGCCCCUAAGAAGAUGAAGAAAGCGAUGACGAUGAUGAGGCAAGAAACCCAAAGUAACAUGCUUUCUUCACCUGAAAGAAGUGGGAAAGAUCAGGUGGAGACUAGUGUUGUCGAUACUCCGAAGCCAAUGCUUACCUUGGAGAGGGAUAAGAGAAUCAGAAGAUCCAAAAGUAAGAAACCGAUGGAGCCAGAGAGUGUUCCUGAGAAAAAAGCAACAGUUGUUGGUGGAUCAGACAAUAGGAAGAGAAAAUCAUGGACAAGUAUGAAGGAGAUAGCUGAGACGAACAAGAGUUUUAAGAUACCUUUUCGCUUGUGA